CUCUGUAACGUUAAAAUGGAAUAGAAACCAAAAGUUGGUAUAUAAACCUAGAAAGUUUGAGUGGUUAGUGGUGAGUGGUGAGGGAAGGCUAAGAUAUUGUUAAUUCCGGAGGGAAUUAGGGGAAAUUAGAAGAAGAAGAAGAAGAAGAAGAAGAAGAAGAAGAAGAAAGUAAAUUGAAAAGCGGAGGAGAACGGUGAAGAACAAGAAGAAGCAAAGUUUGAAAACUCCCUUUUCUCAAUCUCUUCAUCGAACUCAUCCUUCUUUGGCAGAACCAACAGUGAUCGGAUUCAAUAUGCACGCUGUGGUGUGGAAUUUGAAUACUUCCCCUUACACUAGAGCUCCCCAAACCCUAGAAUCUCCUUCUUGUUCUCGUAAUUUCAAGGUCUCGAGGUUUUUCUUUCGUCAUGUUUCACCUUGGCGGAAAUCGUGUCGUUCCCUUCGAAUUCGAUUGCCGUCUAGCUCACGCACGCGACUUAUAAGAGCUGUUGCAACUCCUAAUUCGGCAUUGGAAUUGCCACUGACUGCGGAAAAUGUUGAGAGUGUGUUGGACGAAGUUCGACCAUAUCUUAUUGCAGAUGGUGGAAAUGUGGCAUUACAUGAAAUCGACGGAAACAUUGUGCGGUUGAAGCUACAAGGAGCUUGCGGGUCAUGUCCUAGUUCUGUUACGACCAUGAAGAUGGGAAUUGAACGCCGUUUGAUGGAAAAGAUCCCUGAAAUUGUUGCUGUGGAACCAAUAGCGGAUGUAGAAACUGGAUUGGAGCUCAACGAAGAGAAUAUAGAGAAGGUACUUGAAGAGAUAAGACCUUACCUUGUUGGGGCAGCGGGAGGAUCUCUUGAACUUGUGGGUAUUGAGGAGCCAAUAGUUAAAGUUCGGAUUACGGGGCCAGCCGCUGGGGUCAUGACAGUUCGUGUGGCUGUUACGCAGAAAUUGCGAGAGAAGAUACCAGCUAUAGCGGCGGUUCAACUUUUGUCAUAGUGAACUCCAAUUGUAAUGAGGGAUUGUGUAUAGUUCUUCAUUAUUCGACUAAUAGAAUCUCGGAGAAUGUGUAUAAUGGUUGUUGCAUUGAGGCAUCUUGGUUGGUUGGUUGGUUGUUGGUACUGUAUUUAUGUAAGAAAGUAUAAACAAAGUUUCUUAGAAUAUUUCAAUUUCAUACAGUUCUCUUUCUAAGAGAGAGCGAUCACAAAUAAUUUAGAAGAA